AUGCGCUAUACUGUUACUUCGAAAAAGCCUAUCGGGUUGUCCUCCCUCCUCUCUCCAGAUGAAUCUCCAUCGUGCUCAUCUAGAGAGAUCUGGCUAAACGACGAUGAACGCGAGCAGUGUCUCUCCCGCGAAUCAUCAGCUCCUGGAUUGCCUUCUUAUACCUCUCCUUUCUCAUCUUCGUUUUCACAAGGAGAUACUCCAGAAUCGGACCUCUCUAUGUCGCCAGCAGCCAUGUUCUUGUCUUCUUUCAGCCCGUCUGCGGAACCAGCACCGGCACCAGAUGCGGAAGGGGAAUACAUCUCUGGAUAUAAGCUGGGUUCCGUUAUUGGUGUGGGAGGUUUCUCCACUAUCCGUCAGGCGUCGUCGCUACAAGGCGGAACGGUUGCCAUAAAAAUCGUGCGUCGUUCUGACCUGUCAAAACAGCCAGAUCCCGCCCGUGCCCGAAAGCGCCUCGACCAUGAAGCAGCUAUCUGGAGCACCCUCAGCCAUGAGCAUGUUCUUCCCUUGUUCUCCGUGAACCAGACUCUGUUUGCAGAUUACUUUGUAACGCUGUACUGUCCGGCAGGGUGUCUGUUUGAUAUCCUCAAGCGGGACGGGCGGCCGGGGCUAGCGCAGGACGAUGUGGGGAUGAUGUUCAGGCAGGUGGUGCGGGGGCUACGGUACCUGCAUGAAGUGGCAAGGGUGGUUCACGGGGACAUAAAGCCGGAGAAUGUGCUCGUAGACGAGAUGGGUGUCUGUAAAAUCGCCGACUUCGGAAUGGCACGCAGGCUGGACGAGUGCGAGAGCGAGAACGAGAGCGAGAGCGAAACGGUAGGAUCAAAACUGCGCAGGGCGCACGCAUCUGCCUUUGCAACACAGUCAAGAAAAUCGCACAGCAAACAAGGCCCGCUGUCGACACACUUGUCCCUGAUACGACAUCACGGUGGUUCUCGGCAUCGAAAUUCCAGCCCUCUUCCUUCAUCUUCAACUCAGCCAUCCGCGAUAUCUAACCGAUACCAACAGGGCUCAUUGCCGUAUGCAUCGCCUGAGCUGCUCCUUCCACACUCUUCGGCCCAGUACGUAGCGAGUCCAGCACAAGAUAUAUGGGCAUUGGGAGUCAUGUUGUACGUAUUGCUGACGGGUCGUCUGCCUUUCGCCGACUCGUACGAACCUCGAUUGCAGAUGAAAAUUUUACAUGGCGUGUAUGAGUUACCAAAAGACGUUGGGCGUGGUGCAGAAUGUGUUCUGCGGGGCUGCCUGGAAAGGUCAGUUCCUAACCGUUGGAACAUCGCGACAGUCGAUGAAUUCGCUUGGCGGAUCGGGUCGAGCGAGGCGGGCGAUCGUAUGAUGUCGUCUCCUGAUGUGAGACCGUCCAGGAUCCCUUCGGAGUCACGCUCUCGAUCCCGUCUCAGAGUGCCCCUGGACACCGCUGCCAUCGACGACGGGGAGAGCUACAGAUCUUCUUCGCGUGCCACGCGCUCGACGAGUCGUUCGAUCUCUUCCGCCCGGCGCUCGAGUCGUAGCCAAUCUCGCCACCCACAUCACCCAUACGACCCACACUCUCACGGCCGCACUCCCGCGCACCCUCGUCCGACGGAACCCACGUUCUCAGCACUUACAAAUGCUAUCUUGCGGACAACGUCUUCGUCGUCAUCUGAGUCAUCCUCGCCUGCCCGUGACGACUGUGCCAUUCUAGCUAGUCCUCGCAAGUCGCACGUGGAACGCGAACGCGGACGGCGUCCAAAAUCUCAGUGGCUCGAACAAGCCUCCACGUCGCAAUCGCGCUCGGUCAGCCCGCUGGAGGUUUUGCUCACCCCGCGCGACGCUGUCCGCGCUGAGCGUUCUCCGGUUUGCGUCGAUUCGAAAACAUCGUUUGAUGCAGAUGAAUUCAUCCUUGAUAAAUCGGAGGGAAGCGUCUCCGAGCUGUACGAAGACGUCAGCCGGGUGGAUGGUCAAGAGGUGGAAGGCUCUGGUGACGUUCUACUUCCGACAGCUCGACAGCAAUUACAAAGCAUUUUGAAGAAAGACGAUCACAGACACGGACGACCAGAGAGCAUGCCACCCGCGCCCGUGCCACUUCCUCUUACGUCGUGGUGUCCCUCUCCGACACUGGUUUACUCAACUGCAUCGACACCCAGACCGAUACUGGGCAAAGCCCACGCCGCUCGCAGUCGUAGCGUGGAUCCUAGUGCAAACAAGAAAAUGGGGCGCGGGAGGGCGCCUUUAUGA